AUGUGUGGUACGUAAUGGAAAAAUCUCAGUCACUUAAACCUACUUUCAGGCGCUCUUGCCCUCUCUGGCAGGAUCUUUUACAAAUUCAACACUGCUCAUUGGAACACCAAACACACAUAGCAACAAAAAUAGGGAAAACUGAGACGCAGCGUGCUGAAAAUGGAAUUGUCGGUGCGUUUCUCAGUGCUAGGCUGCUGAAGUGAGGUUCUGCUGAUACGUCUUAGCAACCGCAUCCUCCGUCAACGCGUUGCUUGGGUCUCCUAUCAGUUCGGCUCGCACACAGGGCCUAAGAUGAGUUAAAGCAGUCAGUCACUAAACUGGGCACACCACAGACAGGAGUAAUGGAGAGGAUCACCAUGUAGACAGCAGCAGACUGAGACAAGCAGAAUGGGAAACUACAUAUGGAGCGGCGCCGGACUGCAGCCGUGAGAGCAGGCAUCCUCGGGGCCUCAGCCAGGCUUGUUUUGCCCUUCCCUGGAUGGUCUCCUUCCUUUUUUUCCUGAAGCAGACGGAUUUUCUUCCUCGCGUUUUGGACACUGGACUGGAUCCUUAUUCUCUCUCUCUGUCUCUCUAUCUCCCUCCCUCUCUCUCUCUCUCGCGUCUCGCUUGGUGACCCCCACAUCUUUUUUUUUUGCGGUUUCUCACAACCGGCAGUACCGCCGCCGAGCGCCGUCACCAGAAGCCCCCGCCUUGCUUGCUCCUGAAUUCACUCAGAUUUCCGCCAAGCUCCUAAGCAAUACUAGCCAUCAUGGGGGACAUGACGAAUAGUGAUUUCUACGCCAAGAACCAAAGAAAUGAGGGCAACCAUGCGGGCGACUUCGGCUGCACCCUCCUGGACCUGCGCUCCCUCAUGGAGCUGAGGGGCAGUGAGGCCGUGGUUAAAAUCCAGGAGGACUAUGGGGACAUGGAUGGACUGUGCAAGCGCCUGAAAACCUCUGCAACAGAAGGUUUGUCUGGAGUUGUAGCCGACUUAGACAAGAGAAGAGAAGUCUAUGGGAAAAACAUUAUACCUCCAAAGAAGCCAAAAACAUUCUUACAGUUAGUAUGGGAAGCGCUGCAAGAUGUGACCCUCAUUAUCUUAGAAAUCGCCGCCAUGAUCUCCCUGGGACUGUCCUUUUACCACCCUCCAGGGGAGGGGAGUGAAUCUUGUGGGAGUGCUGCCGCAGGGGCCGAGGAUGAGGGGGAGGCAGAGGCUGGCUGGAUCGAGGGGGCUGCCAUCUUGCUGUCUGUGGUCUGUGUUGUACUUGUCACUGCCUUUAAUGACUGGAGCAAAGAGAAGCAGUUCCGAGGUUUACAAAGCCGCAUCGAGCAGGAGCAGAAAUUCCAAGUGGUGCGGGGCAGCCAGGUCAUACAGCUCCCCGUAUCAGACAUUGUGGUCGGCGACAUCGCACAAAUCAAAUAUGGUGACCUACUUCCAGCAGAUGGAAUCUUAAUACAAGGAAAUGAUUUGAAGAUUGAUGAAAGUUCCUUAACUGGGGAAUCGGACCAUGUGCGGAAAUCGGCAGACAAAGAUCCCAUGCUUCUCUCUGGGACCCAUGUGAUGGAGGGAUCGGGCCGAAUGCUGGUCACUGCAGUGGGAGUCAACUCUCAGACUGGGAUCAUCUUCACGCUCCUGGGGGCUGGUGGAGAGGAGGAGGAGAAGAAGGAGAAGAAAGGUCAGGCAGUGGAGGAUGGCCAGCAGCCAGCAGACCACUCCCAUCCCUCCGCCAACCCCAUCUCAACUAUAGCUACCGAUGGUGCUGCAGGCGCAAAUGCCCCUGGUAAUGCCAGCCUAGUCAAUGGUAAAAUUCAGGAUGGAAAUAUGGAGAACAACCAGACCAAAGUUAAGAAACAAGAUGGUGCAGCCGCUAUGGAGAUGCAGCCUCUGAAGAGUGCCGAGGGAGGGGACAUGGAUGAGAAGGAAAAGAAAAAGACCAAUGUCUCCAAGAAGGAGAAAUCCGUUCUUCAAGGAAAACUGACCAAGCUAGCCGUUCAGAUUGGGAAAGCAGGUUUGGUGAUGUCAGCUAUCACGGUCAUCAUCCUGGUGCUGUACUUCGCCAUUGACAACUUUGUGCUCCAGAAGAGGCAGUGGAUGCCAGAGUGCACUCCUGUCUACAUCCAGUAUUUUGUCAAGUUCUUCAUCAUCGGCGUGACCGUCCUGGUCGUGGCUGUUCCUGAGGGGCUUCCUCUGGCUGUCACCAUCUCUCUGGCCUAUUCCGUCAAGAAAAUGAUGAAGGACAACAACCUGGUGCGCCAUCUGGAUGCCUGUGAAACCAUGGGCAAUGCCACGGCAAUCUGCUCGGACAAGACCGGCACACUGACCACCAACAGGAUGACAGUGGUGCAGGCCUACCUGGGAGAUGUGCAUUACAAAGCGGUCCCUGAUCCUGGCGCCCUGUCCCCCAAGACCCUGGACGUCCUUGUCAAUGCUAUAGCUAUCAACAGCGCCUACACCACCAAGAUACUGCCUCCUGACAAAGAGGGCGGUCUCCCAAAGCAGGUGGGGAACAAGACAGAGUGUGGCCUACUGGGCUUUGUGCUGGACCUCAAACGGGACUAUCAGCCCAUUCGAGACCAGAUGCCAGAAGAGAAGCUCUACAAGGUCUACACCUUCAACUCCGUGCGCAAGUCCAUGAGCACCGUCAUCAAACUGCCUGAUGGCAGCUUCAAGAUGUACAGCAAAGGAGCUUCAGAGAUCGUGCUGAAAAAAUGCUCCCGUGUCCUGAACGAGGCGGGCGAGACGCGUGUCUUUCGGCCCCGGGACAAGGACGAAAUGGUGAAGAAGGUGAUCGAGCCAAUGGCAUGCGACGGGCUGAGGACCAUUUGCGUGGCGUACCGCGACUUCCCGGCGGACCCCGAACCAGAGUGGGACAACGAGAACGACAUCCUGUCUGAGCUGACCGCAAUCUGCGUGGUUGGAAUCGAGGACCCUGUCAGACCUGAGGUGCCCGACGCCAUCCUGAAGUGCCAGCGCGCCGGCAUCACCGUGCGCAUGGUGACCGGGGACAACAUCAACACGGCCCGCGCCAUCGCCAUCAAGUGUGGCAUCAUCCACCCUGGGGAGGACUUCCUGUGCAUCGAUGGAAAAGAGUUCAACCGGAGGAUUCGCAACGAGAAGGGAGAGGUGGAGCAGGAGCGGAUAGAUAAGGUUUGGCCCAAGCUGAGGGUGCUGGCCAGAUCCUCUCCCACCGACAAACACACCCUGGUCAAAGGUAUUAUCGACAGCACGCUGGUGGACCAGAGGCAGGUAGUUGCUGUGACUGGAGAUGGAACGAAUGAUGGUCCUGCUCUGAAGAAGGCAGACGUGGGCUUCGCCAUGGGAAUUGCUGGGACAGAUGUGGCCAAGGAAGCCUCUGACAUCAUCCUGACAGAUGACAACUUCUCCAGCAUAGUGAAGGCUGUGAUGUGGGGCCGCAAUGUGUAUGACAGCAUCUCCAAGUUCCUGCAGUUUCAGCUGACUGUCAAUGUGGUGGCUGUGAUUGUGGCCUUCACUGGAGCCUGCAUCACACAGGACUCCCCGCUGAAGGCGGUUCAGAUGCUGUGGGUCAACCUGAUAAUGGACACCUUCGCCUCUCUGGCCCUCGCCACCGAACCGCCCACAGAGUCGCUGCUGAUGAGGAAGCCCUACGGCCGAAACAAGCCGCUCAUCUCCAGCACCAUGACCAAGAACAUCCUGGGCCACGGUGUCUACCAGCUGGUCAUUAUCUUCACCCUGCUCUUUGCGGGUGAAGUGAUAUUCGACAUUGACAGUGGAAGGAACGCCCCCCUCCACUCCCCACCCUCGGAACACUACACCAUCAUCUUCAACACCUUUGUCAUGAUGCAGCUCUUCAACGAGAUCAACGCCCGCAAGAUCCACGGAGAGAGGAAUGUGUUUGAUGGGAUUUUCAGGAAUCCCAUCUUCUGCUCCAUUGUGCUUGGUACCUUCGGUAUUCAGAUUGUGAUUGUGCAGUUCGGAGGAAAACCUUUCAGCUGCUCUCCCCUGGAUCUGGACAAAUGGAUGUGGUGUGUUUUCCUUGGCCUGGGAGAGCUGGUCUGGGGACAGGUGAUUGCUACAAUCCCCAACAGCAAGUUGAGGUUCCUGAGAGGGGCGGGGCAGCUGACCCGCAAGGACGAGAUGCCGGAAGAGGAGAUGAACGAGGACAACGAGGAGAUCGACCACGCGGAGAGAGAGCUGAGGCGAGGGCAGAUCCUCUGGUUCCGUGGGCUCAACAGGAUUCAGACUCAGAUCGAGGUGGUGAACACGUUCAAGAGUGGGACUUCCUUUCAGGGAGCACUGAGGCGCCAGUCCUCCACCACCAGCCAGAACCAAGAUAUACGCGUUGUGAAUGCAUUCCGUAGCUCUCUCUACGAAGGCUUGGAAAAACCAGAAUCGAGAACCUCCAUUCACAACUUCAUGACUCACCCGGAGUUUAGAAUAGAGGACUCGCAACCCCACAUUCCUCUCAUUGACGACACCGACAUCGAGGAAGACCCAGCCCUGAGGAAGAACUCCAGUCAACCCUCAUCCCCAAACAAGAACAACAACGCCAUUGACAGCGGCAUCAACUUAACCACUGACACCAGUAAGUCUGCUGCUUCCUCUAGUCCUGGCAGCCCCCUACAUAGCUUGGAGACCUCCCUCUAACCCUAGACUCGGUGUUAAAAACUAUACUCUCAAAGCGCAACAAAGUGAACGCACAUGAGACAUGUGCGUGAGCUGCUGGGCGAAGGCCUGUUCUGAACCUUACUGUUAUCGGCAACACGAGGAGGCAAGACAACAAGAUUGCUGUGGAGGGACACGAAAAACAGUAUAAAUCAACCUCUCCCCCUUUCCUAUGAGUACACUGACUAUAUUAAUAAUAAUAAUAAUAAUAAUUUAAAUUUAAAAACAUAACUGCUCCUGCAUGAAUGUACAUUACCCGAGUUUUUAUUUAAUUUUGUUUAAAUUUUGUUUGAAUAAUUUGAUUUGAUUGAUUUGAUGGGAAGUACCGUGGACUGCUAUUUAAAGACAGCUUAUCCGAUUCACUGGUGUGUGAGUUUCUUGUGUGGCAUGAACCUAAUUGUAUAGAUUUAUUUGAUUAAUAAAAUGAAAAGUGUUUUAAGGUUGCAGGACUCAACUUGCACAGUAGAUUUGCACCUGUUGGAAAAGAGGAACCCAUAAAUAAUAGAAUUUAUUGAACAUAUUAUAUAAAUAUAUAUAAAUAUAUAUAUUUAUAAAUAUAUAUAUAUUAUAUAUAGAGAGAGUUUAUCUUCUUUGUUUGUUGGCAUGUUGCCUUGUUUCUGCUUCUAUGGCUCUUACUACUUUAACUUAUUUAUGUCCUAAAGAGAAUGUAAUUUGUUUACAAAUCCCGUAGAUACUUCCUGGUUUAUUUGUAGGGUACAAAAACCAUACUGCAGACGUAGUUGGAACAGCUCAAGUUGUUGAGUACUUCUGUAACAUUGGACUGUAGGUGUUUUAUUACAAACUGUGUGCUGGAUUUGCCUGCUAUUUUGUUAAAUAUUGUAGAUAUUUUUAGAAGAUUACAAAAGAAACCAAAAUAUAAUGGGAUAUAUAAUUAAUGUGGCAUCUUAGUAUUAUAUGAUUGUUGGGAUCAACUCUGAGCGGCUUCCUAUGUUUCCAAACACAAAUCUUUACAUGAAGGGUUUUCUUUUUUAAAUUUCUGUUCAUUCAAUGCUUGAAAUGAAUUUUAGGUCAGUCUCAAAAUUGAGAGGGCCGUUCAGGACUGAUUUAAUGAACUAUCUACUAUAUAAACACUGCUUGUUUAUUGGAAAUAUUUUACAUGUGUGACCAUCAAAGGCUGCGAUGGAUUUAUAAUAUUAGAAACAACUGCAAACUAAGUUAUAUUUGGCUUAUCUGUAUGGAAAUCAAAAGUUGUGUUGAAAUCUUGUGAUAUAUUGUGUUGAUUAUUUUUUCUUUUAUUUUGAAAUUUGUUUUCCUUAAAAGAAAGAACACACAGCUCCAAAGCUGUCGGAAUUUUAAACAACUGAAAAAAAUACAAAAUGGAAUGUUGCUUUUUGACUCUUUUUAUUUUUUAAAUGAUCCUUUUUCUGCACUAUCUGGAUAUGAAUGAAACUCUCUGUGGUGUAUAUUUAGAUGUGCUUUUGUGUGUUUUUAACCAAGCUUGUCUUCCUGCAGUCACUAAAUAUACUCUAGCAUCUCAACAGUACUAGUUGUUAACUAUUUAUUGUGCUUUUCCAAACUAAAGGUCACGCAAAUGGUCAAUUGGAGAGUGCUGACAUACAAAUGCAUCGAAAUGUCAAUGGCCCAAAAAUAUUGUGAUAUUGUUAUUAUUAUUACUAAUUGGGUAUAUGGGGAAGCAUGAUAGAAUAUGCUCAAUAUGCAAGUUAAACAAAUCAAUUUUUCUACUCCGAAUCCAAUAUCUUGACCUGUCGUUUUUCCUGUGUGUAUAACAACAGCUGUCAUUCAUCUGGAGGGGGGUAAACAAGCUUUAACAGUUAGCUCAGGCAUACGUAAAAGCCUUCAGCAAAGGACCAUCAAAACAAUACUUUUAUUUAUCACAGGAGUGGUCUGUCCUCUGCAGUGUCUGCUUAUAUGGUUUUUCAUAGGUUCUUCUUUUAUAUGAUCUAAACGGCUUCAGUCAACAUUACAAAAUGAUUUGUACAUUAUGAACAAACAAAUAAAAAAUAAUCCAGCUUUAAAACAAUAACUGGUGAUAAGUAGGGUAUUAUUAUGUAAAUAGCAAAUUGCCUUCAUUGGAAAUGCACAUCCAUCCAGGCUUUUGUGGACAGGGACUGUACAAUGUACAUGUGAUGAUGUUUUUUUUUUUUUGGUUUCUAUUUCUGGUUAGAUCAUUACAACAGUCACUGCUACAGGUCAAGAGUUCUGUAUCAAGCGCUCAGGUUGUUGAGCAGAAGUACUGAUGCAGAUAAAUUAUACAUGACUGACAGAUCUAAACGAUGACAGAUCGACACCAUUGAAAUACAAUAAUAUUAAUAAUAAUAAUAUUUCUUGCAAUACAUCAAAUGCUUCUAUGUACUGUACUUAGCAGCAUGCAUUCUUGUGGAACAAAGAAAAAGAAGUUAAAUGCCAGUGGUAAAUUUGGCAUUCUAGCCAUGUAUGGGUAAAUGAUAAGUGUUCAUCCAUCUUGUUUUUAUGAAUUUUUUUAUCUAUACAAUAAUUGUAAAUAAAGAACUCAAUGUCUUUGUUCAUUUAAUACUAUGCAAAAAGUCAUGCUUUCUGAUUGUUACCCACCUACCCUAGAGUGUGUUGCUGGAAUGUCUGUGGUCUCAAAAGUCAGUAAACAAUGUGAUGUAAAUGAUUUUCUAGUUUGAAGGAAGCAAUGAACUGUGACUCUUGCUGCUUUACUGUCCGUAAUACAACUGCAGGCAGGAGCGCAAGUGGAAAAACAAAUAAACAAAAAAAGAGAAAAAUGAGCAUUAAAUAAAUUCCCAGAGCAGCAUGAAGCGGAAUGGAGUUCCCUGACCAGUGUGGCAUCUGUGUGAUGUUUGCUUUCCUUCGGCUUUGCUCCUCUGUGCUGAGGAACUGUGUGUGUGUGCGUGCGUGCGUGCGUGCGUGUGCAUGCGUGUGUGUGUGUGUGUGUGUGUGUGUGUGUGUGCGUGUGACUGUGCAUUGUUUUGUGUAACACAUGGACAGUAGUAUUUUAUAGCAGUUUUCAUGCAAGCAGUAUCCUGUGCUUUAGCUUUCCUGUCCUUUCCACAAGUUUUUUUUAUCAGUUCCGGAGGCAAAAUUAGGAGUUCAGUAGAAUGCUACUUGGCUCUGGUUGUUAGUCAUAUGUCUGUUUAAUUAUGAUGGAUUUGAUUGACCAUUUUUUGAAAAAAAAAAGUUAAUUUUUCCCUUGUAUAAGGUAUCGACAAAUCUAUAAAAUCGACAAAACAAGAUCCAUUGAUUUCCUCUAUGUUUCCCUAUGAAUGUUUAUCAGAUUAUGAUUUAUCCAAAAGGUUUUUAAAAAGGUUCUUAAAGCACUUUUGAAUCACACUUAUAAAUGUGUUCUUGAAAUAUCUUUAUUCUAAUAGUGGACAAACUGGAAUAAUUUAAAGCAAGCAUUAAAAAACAAAACAAAACAAAAAAAAAAAACACCAAGGCAAUGUAAUCCAGGCUAUGCCUCCAUUGGUCUUUCUUACGCUUAAGCCAUAUGAGCAGAUGUGGUUGUACUGAGCUCCCUUUUGCUUUCUUAAUAGAAUAUUUAUAAUUGUAUCCAUAAUUUACUCAUUUGAAUCAAACAAGCAUCCUAUAUACCUUUAAUGUUUCUCUCUGUUUCCUUUAAAAAAAUGGCUGAAUGUAUAGCAUAAAGCAAUUCUAACAGUUACACGAGUGACUUUCCAACCUGACCUUUUUAGAAUUUUUGUACAUUAUCAUAGUUUAUACACUGGUGACAGUUUAAAAUAUGAAGUCUGUAUUUUAAUAUACCAGACAAGGGCUUUUCACACAUGGACAUGUCUUUGUAAAUAUACCUGUUCCCACUAAAUUAUAUCACUCUGUCAAAGCUUCUGUAUUACUGGGAUAUUGAGAAAACAUAUAUAUUUGGAAAAUAUAUUUCUGCACCAACAAAUCUCAAGAUGUAAAAAUAUUUAAAGAACCCUCUCCACUAUUUAAACUGCUGUAGACUCUAGAAUUACAUGUAUGGCAGAAGUGAGAUUGAAAUGACUACUUUGCUGGAUACCUUGAAAAUGUCAGUAUGCUAGCAUCUUAAGCUAGCCUGCCAGGGUUGCAGGCUUUCCCUUGUGGAUGACAUGUCCCAUGUCAAUAGCAUCUCAUGGCCCAUAAUUACCUCUGUCAGGUGGCCUUCCCAGAAAUAACAAUUUUUGCCCAAGACAGUCUUAACACUUCCUGCCUAACUGUGCGUAAGAAUAUUAUGCAGUAACAUAAUUUGGAAGCUCUAAACUGAUUAAAAAGGUCAAUCAUCAAGCUUUUGUUUAGGUUAUAAAUACACCAUUACAAAUUCUUUUAAACUUUUAAAAUGACCUUUGUUGCAUACAAUGGACAUCUACAAGAAAACAUAUCUGAAUAUUUUAGCAAUAAAUUAUAAAAUUAAAACAAAUAAUGUAACCACAAAGCUGCCUAUAACAACAUGAUGUGUUAUCAGCUAUACUGUUUUGUAAUAUAUAUGAUUAAUAUACAUGUAAUUUUUUUAGAAUCUUCUAAGCAGUUUUAAGUAUAGUACUGUAGCUUGCCAGCUGGCAAACUAUCCAAUAAUUAGUCAGUUUUGUUUAGGAAUUCCACAGUGAUUUGAAUUAUAUUUGAUGUAUGAGUCACACAAAUAGUCAGUGUCAGCAUGCAAUAUCUGUGCUACCAGCAAUAUUUCCUACAAAACCGGUGAUGGACUCUAAAAAACAAUAUUGUGCAUGAGAAAUUGUAUUUAGUUAGAUUACCACUAUAGGCCAGUGAUAUUGUAUCAAGAGAGAAUGAGCUUUCUCCCUGUAGAUCAGGUAGUUGUGUCUGCCAUUAGGUACUGUAUUGUGGUAAACCAGGUUUUUGUGAUUUCACAUUAAUAGAAAUUCACCUCACACCGAGAACAUGUUUUAUUUGAAUUUUUUUCCUUUUUUAAUCAUGGUGCUGUUGUUUAAUACUUUGACAACAUUAUACAGAUCUAAAUUACUCUACAAUAUAAACACAAUAUAUUUAAAGCAAGUUAUAAAUCCACUAUGAUACAGAACAAUGGCAAAAUAUUACAGGCUAUGGGAAUGUGUAUUUGAAUGUGACUUUAUAAAAUGGUCUAAUAUUCUGAUAUCAUUUAUACUGUCUGUAGAAUACUCUCUGUAUUCCACGUACGUUGCAGUUGAUAGGGCAGGUAAUACACAUAUUCAAACACCUACUGAAUAUCAGGGUAAAUUACCCAGCAUACAAUUAACUCAGAAAUGCUACUCGUGAUACAUUAAAAGUCUAUGGGGCCCAAUGCUACUCCACUGAGUUUUAUGGUUUACAUGCAUGCAAGUUGUUCAAAUUCUGUAAGGAUGCAAAUGUGCAUGGCGUCUCAGAAAGGGUGUUGCAGAUCUGCUGUAUAAAUGCGAUCAGAUUAAAGGCAUUUGCAUGCGUGGCAGAACGUGAGAGAUGUGUAAAAUGAUCAGGCUGAUCACUGCUGGGUGAGCGAGGGAAACUGGGGAAACUACUCUCUGAGGAAAUGACAUGAUGUUUGUAAUUAUGCCCACAUACAAAUGUAUCUGAUGUCAUGAUUUUCUAAUGUGUACAAUUAUAACUUUAUAAUGUGAUUAGCCUACAAGUGAAUAUGGCAUGUGCAAUAAAGUGAAGGGAAUUAUUGUA